AUGGCUGCGCCGUCGAGAUUCGUAAAAGCCCUCCAGGGGUUUGCCUCUUGUGACAUCGGAGAUUCCCUCGUCAAGCUCAAGGUCCCCCAUGGCGGCUACCUUUCUGGCCUAAAGAUGUACCCUCCAGGCCUCCUCGCCCCAAAUCACAAAAUUUUCGGUCCUGCAUACACAGUGCGCAUGGUACCUGCCUCCGACAAGACCUCCCCAACACCACCGACCCAUUUCGCCGACUCCAUUCCAAAAGAUGCGGUUGUCUUCGUCUCCCAGCCAAAGGGGCUCAUCAGUGCUUGCUGGGGAGGACUCAUGAGCACUCGCGCACAGAAGCUCGGGGCUGCAGGAGUCGUUAUCGACGGUCGUUUCCGCGAUAUUUCUGAGCACCGCGAACUGGGGAUGGUUCUCUUUGCGCGUGGUAUUAGUAUUCUUGGAUCGAAUACCUUCACGCGCUCGUCAGAGUUGAAUGUGCCCGUAUCGUAUGGGAAUGUAGAAGUCGGUGGAGAAGUCACGAUUCGGCCUGGCGACUAUAUCAUGGGUGAUGUAGAUGGGGUCGUGGUUGUGCCUGAAGAUAAAGUAGAAGAGUGCAUGCAUCUCUGUCAAGAGAGAUAUGAUAUCGAUGAGGAGACUCGGCGGUGCUUGGAGCGGGGAGAACCAAUGGGUCCUACUAUCAAGAGAUUGAGGAAGUAG